UUCUUGCCACGUGUCAAUGACCAGAUUUCCACUAAAAUAAUGUACAAAAAAUCAAUCAAAAGAAUAUCCAGGAGUCACAUUGUGUCAUCACUGUUGAAAGGAGAACCAACCUGGGUCUCUGAUUUUGUCCAUUUGAAGAGACAAUUAUGCAGCUGUUAAAUGCAUUGGAAAUAGCUAGAAUGGCUAUGAGGGAACAAAAUAAUCUAAGUGCAGAAAUAGCAUUUGGGACAGUUACAUGGUUUGUGUAUGCAGGGAUCUCAUGUUUCUUGGUACUUUUUGCUGGAAUUAUGUCUGGUUUAACAUUGGGUCUUAUGUCUUUGGGUCUUGUUGAGCUUGAGAUCCUACAACGUAGUGGCACCCCUGCUGAGAAAAAACAAGCAGCUACAAUAUUUCCUGUUGUUCAGAAGCAACACCAGCUUCUUGUGACCCUACUUCUAUGCAAUGCUGCUUCGAUGGAGGCGCUACCUAUAUACCUGGACAAAAUUUUCAACCAAUAUGUGGCCAUUAUACUAUCAGUAACCUUUGUUUUGGCAUUUGGAGAGGUUAUUCCUCAAGCAAUAUGCACUAGAUAUGGACUUGCCGUAGGUGCAAGUCUUGUCUGGCUUGUUCGUAUUUUGAUGGUUCUAUGCUACCCAAUUGCUUACCCCAUAGGAAAGAUUCUGGACUGUGUAUUGGGACACAAUGAAGUACUAUUCAGACGUGCUCAGCUGAAAGCCCUUGUUUCUAUUCACGGCCAAGAGGCUGGCAAGGGAGGUGAACUUACACAUGAUGAGACAACAAUCAUUAGUGGAGCACUGGAUUUGACUGAGAAGACUGCUGAGGAGGCAAUGACGCCCAUUGAGUCAACAUUUUCAUUGGAUGUCAAUUCAAAGCUAGACUGGGAGGCAAUGGGAAAAGUUCUUGCUAGAGGUCAUAGCAGAGUUCCUGUGUACUCUGGCAAUCCAAAGAAUAUUAUCGGUCUUCUUCUGGUAAAAAGUCUUCUCACAGUGCGGCCGGAAACAGAGACGCCAGUUAGUUCUGUUUCAAUUCGAAGAAUUCCACGAGUUCCUGCUGAUAUGCCGUUGUAUGACAUACUAAAUGAGUUCCAAAAGGGUAGCAGUCAUAUGGCUGCAGUGGUGAAAAUUAAAGGAAAAAGCAAAAAAUAUCCCUUGGUCAUUGAGGAAGAGAAAUCUCAGGAUAAGUCAGAUAGCGUUGUCGUUGAUAUUGAGAGAACUAGAUUACCAGCAGCAGUAACCUCACCGGCAUCUGGUGAUGCAGUGACGAAUGCAUUAACUCAGUCAGCAGAUGACAUUGAGGAUGGUGAAGUAAUAGGUAUUAUCACAUUGGAAGAUGUAUUUGAAGAACUUUUACAGGAGGAAAUAGUAGACGAGACCGAUGAGUAUGUUGAUGUACAUAGAAGGAUACGCGUGGCUGCUGCAGCAGCUGCUUCAGUAGUGGCACGAGCUCCAUCAAUUCGUAGAUUAACAGCCCAAAAGGCAGCUGGAGGCCAAAGUAAGGAAGGACAGAGCCCCAAAAAGUCCAGUGAGGACCUUUCUACCCCAAGAAGAAUGCAAGGGAGUCUUAGGGAGCCUCUUCUUGAGAACAAGAGACAAUAAUAAUUUGCUGAAGCUUCUCUGUUUCAGUAAUGGGUGAAACCAGAGAGAGGCUCUGUAAAUUUUGAAGGGAAAAGGAACAAAUGCUUCUGCAAACUGCAUAUAUAAUUUUGUGAGGAUAUACUUAUUUAUAUGAAUUCAUACCCACUGUUGGUAAAAUGUCUCAGGUUUAUUAAUUUUAUAGGAAUACUAUGAUUUCCCUGCUGUUUGUAAAAGACAAAUUGGAAGUAACCAUGAAUAACCCCCUAUUCUUGGCAAAGAAAUGAGAGAAAUUUAGCUCA